CAGUAUUUGAAAACUUGAUUUUUUAAUGAGAAACUGACAAAAAUGGUCCCUUAUAUUUGAGGGUAGGUUCAAUGUAGUCCCUUAAGUAUGCGUUGAACAGUUUUGGUACUUUAAGUUUGUCAAAAUUUAUUCAUUUACUCUCUGUUAACGGUAACUCACAUUUAGAGGUAUAAUUUUCGUGAUUUUUACAGUUUUAUAUUUAUUUUUAGAGUCUGGUGCAUCUUUUUGAAAUAUAAUUUCUGCUAUUUUUUAUUUCCUUUUAGCUUCUGGAGUAGUUUUUUGUGUGCAUACUUUAGGAUUUGAUGAUAAUUUCUUGGUGUUUAUGGUUAAAUCCUUUUUUUUUUUCCCACUGUUUCUGCCUAAUCUAACGAACAUAAAUUAUUAAAUAUUUGAUGGAGACUAAAUUGUUGACUUUUGGGAAACUUAAUGGUCCAAAACUAUUUAUUGCAUAAUUAAAGGAUUAUUUUGAACCUACCCUCAAACAUAAGGGUCCAUUUUUGUCAGUUUCUCAUUUUUUUUUGUAUAAUCUUGAUUUCAUGGAGUGAACAGCAACCAGAAAAUAAGUUGAAACUUGUCAAGUGAAAUGGGGUCUAGCUUAUUGAUGUGUGGAGUAAUUACUAGUGUAAUUAGUCCAAUGGCCAUAAAAAGAAAAGCUUAUGGUUUCAUUAGUUUAUCACAUUAUCAACCAUUGAUGUGUGCUGGAAGUAAUACAGGACAUGUUUCGUGCUGUAAUAAUCAUGCUAAAGAUGAUGAUAUGAAUGCCUUCUUUCAGAUUCUGCCAUGUGACUUACGGGAUACACUUUUGUGUGACCCCAGCCAAGAUAAACUAAUAGAGGUGAUUUUAGAUUUGGGUUGUUUGCCACAAGCACACUACAUAGAUGGUUCUGGCAGGCGUUACCUUCGGAACACUGAGGUAUCUAUGGAAGAAAUACAAUGCGUCCUCAAGGCAAUUGGACAAUUUGGAGGAGAUAAUAGAGCUGGCAUUGAGGGUACAUUGCAUCGCAUUUCCGCAAUUAGGAAUAGGAAGGGGGAAGUCAUUGGUUUGACUUGCCGAGUUGGCAGGGCCAGAGGACAGAUUGACAUGGUGCGGGAUUUGCUUGAUUUUGGUGAAAGCAUCUUGUUUGUUGGACGACCUGGUGUUGGUAAAACUACGGUUGUGCGAGAGAUAUCUCGUGUCUUGUCAGAUGAACUUCAUAAAAGAGUGGUUAUUGUUGACACAAGCAAUGAAAUAGGAGGUGAUGGGGAUAUUCCACACCCAGCAAUAGGAGGGGCAAGAAGAUUGCAGGUUCCGGACCCGUCGAUGCAGCAUCAAGUUAUGAUUGAGGCUGUGGAGAACCACAUGCCUGAGGUGAUCAUUAUAGAUGAGAUUGGAACUGAAUCUGAAGUUCAUGCUUGUCGUACAAUUGCUGAAAGAGGUGUUAUGCUUAUCGGUACAGCUCAUGGCGAGCAGCUAGAGAAUAUAAUUAAGAAUCCUACUCUGUCUGAUCUGAUUGGAGGAGUAGUAACUGUGACUCUAAGUGAUCAGGAAGCACGAAUCAGGAACUGCAAUAAAAGUGUUCUUGAGAGGAAAACUCCAUCGCCCUUUCCCUUUUUGAUUGAAAUAAACGAGAGACACUACUGGAUUGUACACCGGACUGAAAGAAGUGUUGAUGCUCUGCUUUUGGGUAAAAAGCCGCUUGUUGAGGUUAGGAGGAGAACUCAGCAAUUACGGGUUGUGAUUGAGAGAUGGAGAACAAAUGCCUAAAUACUAUAAACUUCCGGAACUGCUCUACUGGUAAACAUAUCGAUCAUGCAUACACCAACAUUUCUUUCUUUUUGUUGAUUGGUCCAAUGUUUCAUUCUUUUGCGUGUAUGGAGAGAAAAAAACAGAAGCUUCACUCUUUUCUCCGAAGUUUUCGAGAAAGAAAAAACAGAUCCUACCAUCAUAAUGGAACUUAUUUCCAAAUAAGGUACAGGUGGAGUUUUCAGGCAUGACUAUACGCCUUAUUGUUCAAAACAUAGUCUGGCCCUUCUAAUGGGUAUAAGUAUAAGCAAGUUGGGCUUCAGCAUAUGAAUGCUUAUUAUCCCUAUCGAUCUAUUUAUAUCCAUCGUCCAAUAUUAUAUUCCCUCCAUCUCAGUUUAUGUGACAUUGUUUCAAUAUUAGUUAGUUCCAAAAAAAAUGACAUGUUUUUACAUUUGAAAACAUUUUAACUUGGCUUAAUGCAUAUGCGGCCCCCUAAACUAGUCCCUUAUUUCCAUUUUGGCACCUCAACGAAGUGUUGUUCCUAUUGAACCCCUGAACUCGUCCUCAAGUAUGUCUAUCAAACACAAUCCGACUUACAUAGUAUUCCAUCUUCAAUGUAGCAACAUGCUAAUAUAUAUUCUAAUUUAAUUAUGUUAUCUUUUAGCUAAGAUUAGCAGCAAUUGAGAGUGGAAAAAAGAGUAGCUCUUAAUUAAGCUGGCAGUGGAAAGAGCAGAACCAGCAAAAACCGACACAUCCAUGACCUAAAGAAUAACUUACCACAUGUCUAAAAUAGUACUCCACCUCCAUUUCCCAAUUUAAUUUCUGUUUUUAAUAAAAAUCAGAAAACACUCAUCCAAAGAGGUGUAGCUGCAAAUCUUCAAAAUGUUUUGCUUCUAUCAGUUGCUUCUAGUCGAUACUCAUCAGCUUCGUGCCUUCAAGAAAGAAGAAAUUGACAAUUGCUAGUUUAUUGAGCUGACCAUGAUAAGUUUUUUAAUAAAUACUCCCAUGAUAUUGAACGAGUAUACAAUAUAUUAACAUUAAUUAUUUAUCCAAAUUCCAUUUUUCUUUUCUCACAACUGUUUAGUUGUCUGAUUUUUUAGGAGAAUUCUGAUUUCGUUUCAUUUCCUUUCUAAUAGUUUUGUUUGACUGAACGCCAUAUAUAAUGAUAAUAUAACAAUAAAUGCUAGAGAAGUAUGAUCAAAUUUAGGAGGUUUGAUGGACAAACUUGAGGACGAGUUUAGGGGUUUAAUAGGAAUAACACUUAGUUGACGAAAAAGGGCCAAGUUUAGGGGGCAGCAUAUGCAUUAAGCCUUUUAACUUUAAACUUCUCAUUUUACCCUUAAUGAGAAGCUUUUCUAGCCACACAAAUGUUAUGACCUGUUUAUGACACAAGUUGUAGAAGUCCUAAGACGCGCAAAUGUUAUGGCAUGUUUAAGACCACAAGUUUCAAAAUCUUUCUUUUCUCAAACACCGUGUCAAGUCAAAUUUCAUCACAUAAAUUGAAAUGUCUGUAAAACUUAAUUUCUCUAGCAUUAGAAGUUCUCUACAUUUUCUACUGGCAAUAAAUCUCUCAUACGACGAAAAAACUCCUAGCAAACAUUGGACUAGAACUUAAGGUAAUAACAUGACUAAACUUAAUCUCAGCUAAUUGGUAUCUCUCAUAUGGUACAAGUAAUUUGGAUAUUUUCCACAAACAAUGUUACCAUGCUUAUUUUGUAUCUAGCUAACCAUGAUCCAAUACUUCCCCCAUUUUUCUAGCUACACUAAGUCUUGAUGCAGAAUACAAUACUUGAUUACUGUGCUCUUGAGUUGGUUGACUUGCCAGAAACAUAACUGAGUUUCUAACAGGAUCAUUCAGCUUAUAGGAUCUGUUCUACAUAUAAUGGAGAGGGCUGUUGGAUCUCUUGGUCCUCAUUAUGCUUUGCGGUUUUGUCUAGGUCAUAUGGAUAACGAUUAUUUUCUAUCUCAGAUAUUUGGUCAUUGACCUAUUACAAUAGGGCUCUCCUCUUCAUUUUCAAUUGAUUAAAUGUUAUGAAGUUCUGAAGAUGAAACGUUAGUAGAUAUCUCUAUCUAGUACCGUUUGAACAGAACUUAAGGCCCUAUUUAGUUUAUCCUUUAAAUAGCGCAUUGAGCAAAUGGUGCUGGUCUUUCUCUUGUGAUGAAAUGUACGUGUCUUUAUUCUCUUGAUCGAUU